AUGUCGAAGGGUGGCGAGGAAGAGCUGGAGAAGCAGUAUCACGUCUACAAACAACAAUUCGAGGAGUGGCGAGAGAAGAAUAAAAGCUCGCAGGGCACGGAUGCGUAUAACGCCUAUGUGAAACAAUUCGAGGACUGGGAACGCGAUGUGGAAAAGCGACGAAAAUUGCUGAGGGAGAAGGCGGAACCGAGCCCAGUGAAGCAAGAGAGCGAAGCGGAACGGAGAGACCGCGAUCGGUUGCGGAGAGAAGCGGAAGAACGGGAGAGACGGAUAAGAGAAGAACAAGUACGCGCCGAAAGAAUCGCUGCCGAGCAGAAAGCGGCCGCCGAAGCAGCUGCGUAUGCGCAAUCUCAGCAGGCAUACCUAGCUCAUCACCAAGCGGGGCUCGAGCAGGACCGUCUCGGUCGAGGCCAGGUGCACGUCCAAGCCUCCGCCGCCGUCCAUUACAGCGCAACAGCCCAAGCAUCAACUAUGGCCGUGGUGGACGAGGUGAACGCGCAGAAGGUGCUGCAGCAAAUGGCCGAAGUUGUGAUGGGCGGACAGCAACCGCAAGCGCAGGAGAAGACACCCGUCUAUCAACAGCAGCCGCCUCAACAGCAAGCCCAAGCAACCCCGCCACAACUAUGGGGCGGAUCGAAGCCUGUGUACGAUGUUCGGGAUCCAAUGUUUGCGAAAUGGGGUAUGCGCGCGGCCCCGGCUCAUCAGCCUCCGCCGCUCCCUCCGGCGCCGAUAAUGCCGAUGCCUUAUUGGUUGAGCAUCGAAGAGAUGAAGUCUCGAAAACUGAUGAUGGCACCGAUGGGCCCGUCUCCGAUGGUACCGCCGUUCAUG